UACACUUGGCUUUGUAGUUUUACUCCACAGUUGAAGGAAUUGUAAGGGGUCGAUAGGUUGAUGUGUGUAAGUAUUUACAUGACCGCUAUGUGCUGUAUUUGAAAACGCGCCCAGACCUCUAUUGAUCGAGAAAUUUUGGGGGGUAGAAAGCUAGGCAAUUGUAAAACCCAUGGCAACCAUAAAGACACGCACACUCUCCCAGCAGUCCCCCUCCAGAUUUGAUGACAGAGGGCUCCGCGCUCAGCCCUCGGUGCCAACACCUUUCCUGGAAACGCUCAACCUCCUCAGCUAAAUCUAUUAAGACCCAGGUGCUCGGGACUCUAAACGCCUUGAUGAUCAAGAGCUCUCUAGCCUGGCCGCUUCUCUAUGGUUUUCCUAAUAGGUCGCUCUAGUCUGCGUAGGGGGCGGCGAGAUGUCCGUGGCUACCUCUCUAGGCUGCGGGAGACGGCGGAGGACUCCUCGCUGGUCGCGCGGUAGGGCAUGGGGCCGGUGCGGAAAGUGCUGACCGUGGUCGCGAUGGUGGGCGCGGGGAUUGGCCUGGGGUCCGCUCUCUUUGCUCUCGUGACCCCGGGAGAGCUGCAGAAACAGGCGAUGCUAAAGGAGAUGCCGGAGAAGGACCCGCGGCGCACAGACGAGGUGGCCAGGACCCAGGAGCUGGUGAUGGCCACUCUGCAGGAAGCAGCGGCCACGCAGGAGAACGUGGCCCGGAGGAAGAACUGGACGGUCGGCAGCGGCGGGAGGUCAGCUUGAGACCGGACUUGCCCCCUUGAGCGCUGGGAACCUCAGCUCGGGCGCAGGUGUCCGAGGCGGACUUCAUCCUCCGUGGGCCCGACGGGGAGUUCGGACACGGGAUGCCGCGCGGAGGACUCUGGGGGCCCGAGGAGCUGCCGCCGGGUGGGCACGUUACUCCCAAACACUGCACUGAUUGCUAUACCGCCCACAUCGCGCGCCGGGGCCGAGACGGGGGUCGGACGUGGAGAAUAGAAGGAACCAAUAAAGCACGUUCCUCCACCCAGAGUGAGCCUUGCAGUCGGACGCCUAUCACCUACCACUGCUUAGAGAGCUGUGGGGGUCGGUGCUGCGGGCGCAGAUGACCGAGGCGCUGAUGCGGCUGAUGCCUGCCCCGCCCCCCAUGACAGGCUGAAGCCCAAUAGGCAUAGCGACCACAUUUUCAAAACAGUCAGGUCAUGUGGUCUAAGUUUGAGUGUACUUCCGGGGAUAAGCAAGCCACAUUGUUGAAAUCAGAACUAUCCUGGAAAGUCAUGUAGCAGUGGAUGCCUGUGGAGAAUACUGGGGGCUCCUGUCCCUUCAGCGAGGUGGAGAGGGGCAUCUAGCACUUAACAUGUGUCAUAAUGCUU